AUGACGGUGAUCUUGGGUGUGGUGAUGACGGUAAUCAUACAUGUAGAAAUGACGGUGAUCUUGGGUGUGGUGAUGACGGCGGGGGUCAACCAGCUGGGGGGCGUGUUCGUGAACGGGCGGCCGCUGCCCGACUACGUCAGGCGCCGCAUCGUCGAGCUCGCGCUGCUGGGGGUGCGACCGUGCGACAUAUCACGACAGCUGCUCGUGUCGCACGGCUGCGUCUCCAAGAUCCUCACCCGCUUCUACGAGACCGGCUCCAUCAGACCAGGCUCCAUCGGCGGCAGCAAGCCCAAGCAGCAGGUCGCCACCCCGACGGUUGUCAAGAAGAUCCUGCGCCUGAAGUGCGAGAACCCUGGCAUGUUCGCGUGGGAGAUACGCGAGCAACUAACUGCAGCGUCGAGGGGUUACCAUAUGGCAGAACCUCAACGUUCAUUUUACGCGUGA